UUAUGGGCGGGGCGCAGUUGACAGGAAAGGGCGUGGUCUGUGAUUGGGCUCUACAGUCGGAGCCGGCUCCGGCCAGCAGGAGUGCGGGAUCCUAGAUGCUGGCUGCCCGGGAUCAUCAUGUCCGCUGCCGGGGGGGACGGGGAGGAGCUGCCGGAUACCCUGAUAAUGGAACCAAGUCUUGGCCUAGUCGUCUCAAGCAUCCUGGGUCCUAAACCUGGCUCUGGAAGUAAUUCUUCCGGUUCCUUUUCUUCCCGCAUGGUGGAAUAUACUCGGAAAAGGAAACUAAGUGAAUCUGAUAAAUCAACCCCUGAUGGAAAUGAGGGCAGUGAUACCCAAAGCAAACAGGCUCACAGCGAGACGGAAAAGAGACGGCGGGAUAAAAUGAACACCUUGAUUGAGGAACUUUCUGCCAUGAUUCCUCAGUGUGACCCUUUACCCCGCAAGCUGGACAAGCUUACAGUGCUAAAGAUGGCCGUCCAGCACCUGAAGUCACUGAAGGGUUCCGGCACCUCAUUUGCAGAGGAGAGCUACAAGCCUUCGUUCUUGCGGCAGGAUGAGCUGAAGAGGUUAAUUCUAAAGGCAGCGGAUGGAUUUCUAUUUGUGGUCGGCUGUGACAGAGGGAAGAUCCUGUUUGUGUCUGAAUCUGUCUCAAAGACCCUGAAAUACAACCAGGCUGAUCUUAUAGGACAGAGUCUGUUCGAUUAUCUCCAUCCCAAAGAUGUUGCCAAAGUCAAAGAGCAGCUUUCUUCCCCUGACAUCACACCAAGGGAGAAGCUCAUUGAUGCCAAAACUGGAUUGCAGGUGCACACUCACUUCCAGACCGGCCAUUCACGCCUGCAUUGGGGCUCCAGACGCUCUUUCUUCUGCCGGAUGAAGGUGGGCCGAGCAUCGAGCAAGGAGGGCAACGACUUCUUAUCCGGCCCAAAGAAAAAAGAACACCGGCGAUACUGCACCAUCCACUGCACAGGGUAUUUGAGGACCUGCCUUUCCAGUGAAGUAGGGGUUAAAGAGGACUGUGAGACUGACAAAGAAUCGUACAGCUUUAGCUGCCUCGUAGCCAUUGGCCGGCUACAUCCGUACAUCAUGCCGCAGAGCACGGCCGACAUUAAAGUGAAACCCACAGAGUUUGUCACCCGUUAUACCAUGGAUGGUAAAUUUGUUUAUGUAGAUCAACGCGCUACAGCCAUUUUAGGUUAUCUUCCACAGGAGCUCCUCGGCACUUCCUGCUACGAAUACUUCCACCCGGAUGAUCACAGCCAUCUCACAGAGCAACAUAAAGAAGUUUUGAAGAGCAAAGAGAAGAUCCUGACAGAUCCGUACAAAUUCAAAGCCAAAGAUGGGUCCUUCAUCAUUUUACAAAGCCAGUGGUUCAGCUUCAUAAACCCGUGGACCAAAGAGUUUGAAUACAUUGUGUCAAUCAACACCGUGGUGUCAGGUCAAGGUUCAUCGAUGGAGACAGUGUCGCUCCCAGGUAGUUCCCAUUCUUCGGAAGAUGGUUCCAAGCGUUCUUUCCUCAACGUGUUUGGGAUGUCCAGCGGGACGCUGCUCGGAGCGGCAAACAUCGGCAGGGAGAUCGCAAAGCAAAUUCUAGAGCUGCAGAGGUUACAUUCUCCACCGUUUAAUAGGGAUAUGAGCCCCAACGAACUCCUGAAGAAGUCUCCUCCAGCCCUGGACCUGCCACCCUGUGAGGUACAAAAGAGUGAGUUGGUUCUGUUGUCGCCCUCAGAAAUUGAGAAAGUGGCUGCAUCCUCUCAGGGCGACCUUUUGCCUUUGAUUCCUGACAACUUGCUAAGUGACAGCUCGGCUUUUGAUUUUGAGAAUGAUGAAGCCGUCCUCAUGAACCUUCUAGAAGCGGACGGCGGUGUGGGAGAAGAUUUACAUGACAUACACUGGACAAUGUAGCGGGACGACCAUGGCCAGCACGAAGACGCACAACCACAUGUACUGUAACUACAGGGCUCACAGAAAUAUAUAAUAUAUAUUAUAUAAUUUUUUUUUAUAUAUUUUUUUUUUUUGUUACCUGCACAUUGAAGCAUUUCUUACCUGACUCCUGGUUGCGUGGCAAUGGGAGAGAGCGCAACCAGACCGAAAGAUUUUCAUACUUGUUAAUAAACAAA